AUGACACUCCGGUCUAAAGAAAUACCUUCGGUGAUCGGAGCCUGGUUCUACAGCGUCAAGCUUACUUUGGCGCAGCGGUCACACCAAUCUCUCUUACAGGCAUUACUUGGCAACUUCCUCGAACAGGACGAGAAACUGUUCCGAGAGCAUGUCAACAUCUAUCGGAAAGCGAGACUACCGCCAUGUGAUUCGUGGAAAUGGUCAAGAGAUCUUUUGGAAGAGUUCUUAUGGGCCAUAUCACGAACACCGCAAGACUCUAUUAUCAUGGCCGUUAUUGACGCAUUGGACGAGUCCGAAAACGACGAUCAGAUUGAUAAGUCACGGCAACAUCUAGCGACGUUCCUUUUGGACCUUGCGGACCACCCAGAAUCAUGUAUGCGGUUCAUCAUCCUCAGUCGGCCGUAUGAAUCCUUACAAAUUAUCUUUCGCGACUGUGAGCAGAUUGUAUUGGAGCAAGAGAACGAGCAGGACUUGAAGGAGGUUAUCGACAGAAAUUUGGACUGGCUACGGCAUGCAAUCGAUCGAAGUCAUGACUUUGAAGCACAGAGUAUUGAGUCUCCGAAGCCAGACAGCCGCAGAAGGCGGAAACGACCACGAGAUGCCGUUUCCACUACCACAACGAUACAGCCUGAUCCCGCUCUCGCUGCAUUGGUCGACGACCAGUUUCAAGCUAUGAGAGAUUAUCUGAUACAGAACGCGAACGGCGUCUUCUUGUGGGUGACUUUAGUACUCAAGGAGCUGCAUCAAAUCUCCAAAGAUGCAUUUUCGGGGAUCAUGGACCUGAACCAAGCACUUCAUUCGCUGCCAUCCGAACUUGAAGAUCUUUACGCUGCCAUAGCUCGACGGCUGCAGAACCGUGACUUCAAGAAGACUAGGCGGAUACUUGAUUGGAUCAUUGGUACUAGCCAAUCACGGGCGCUGACGCUGUCGAUGUUAUCUGAAGCCAUGAGCAUCGACGAGGAGAUCAACGUGGAAGCUUCCAUGACACCUACGACAGAUCCCUUCUUGGUUCACAAGCCUAUAACAAGACAGCAAAGCUGGGGAGUAUUCGCAUUUGACGUCUACGAUCAAUGCGGAGGGCUUGUCGAUGUUGUACCUCCUGACGAGGCUCGAAAACAAUUCCAAGAAUAUCAUGAAGAAGAGAUCAAUGAUCAAUGGGUCGCAAUCCUGGUACAUCUCGGGGUUCGACAGAAGUGCCCCGGCACGGUACCACCCAAGCGACCCGAUACCUUCCUACUCAGUACAGCCGCAAUAUCAUCCAGUGCAAAACAUUUUGGGAGACGCCACGCCAACGGACUUAUCAACGAGAGCGAUGCAAGCAUGGGAUGCCAGAUGUCGCGGUUGCUAUUUGGAAGAUUCUGA